AUGGAGCUUCUGAGGGACAGCGACGACUGGGCUGACGUGGAGCCAUUACCGCAGGACGACGGUCCGGAUCCCGUCGUGCCGAUCGCGUAUUCGCGCGAGUUCGACGACGCCAUGGGCUUCAUGCGCGCCGUUCUCGCGUCCGGCGAGCGCAGCGCGCGCGUCUUGCGCUUGACGGAGCGCGUUAUCUCCGUCAACGCCGCUAGCUACACCGCCUGGCAGCUCCGUCGAGACGUUCUCACGCAUCUGCUGUCGUUAGCGGAACCGGAGGCCACGACAUCGAAGCCCUCGUCCACGUCAGCGGAUGAGAAUCGAGGGGAUGAAGGGGAUUGGCUGGUUCAGGAUGAGUGGGUGGCGAGGGAAUUUGACACGUGGCAUGGUGAGCUGACGUUCUGUGAGAAGCUGUUGGAUGAUGAUGUGCGCAACAACUCAGCAUGGAACCACAGAAUGUUUGUACUGGAGCAUCUUAUAGCGAAGCAGAAGCAGGGAGCAGAACAUGUGGGAGGAGGAGCCAAUCAGGAGAAGGAUUCCGAAAUUAGGGUUACACCAGUAACAGUGGAGGAUGAGGUGACGUUUGCAGUGACCGCCAUCUGGCUUGCUCCGUCCAAUGAGAGCCCUUGGCGGUAUCUCCAAGGGCUGAUUCGCCUGCUGGAAAAAGAAGCAGAAGGUGUGGGUAAGGAAGGGGAUCUGAGGCUUCUUGGAAUCUGCAUGGAUGUGCUGGCAAGUGAGCCGGAGUGUGUUCAUGCGUUAGCGACUCUGCUGUCAGUGCUUGGUCGGGGUUGCAUGUCUGAUAAAGUGGGUAAGGUGUUAGGGUUGAGCCAGGAUGGUGCUGGUGAUAGUGCUGCUAUCUCAUGCACGGAUGCAGCUGUAGCAUUGUGUGAGAAGCUGCAAAAGGUGGAUAAGAUAAGGCGUGGACCGACGCUUACGGCAUGGACCGACGCUUACGGUCUGGCAGCGGGCUCCGUCCUUCCCCCGUCGCGCAUCGCCCUCCCCCCGAACGUUCCCCCCCCGCCGCACCUUGAGGACUGCGCGACGCGCACGGCACAGCGCCGUACAAAAGAGAUGCGCGGACCCAACGGGGAGCCGCCGCGGUGGACGCGCGCGCGGGGCAGGUGCCGGUACCCGCAACCCCCGUGGGUGGGUAUUGGGCGGAGGGGGAAUCGGGGGAGAGGCAGGAAGAAUCGUGGGGCGGGGGAAAGUAAGGUGGUGGGGGUUCCGGCAGCCCCUGUGGGUGGGUAUUGGGGCGAGCACGGGGCGGAUGCCGGUUCCGGAAGCCCCUGUGGGUGGGUAUUGGGGCGAGCACGGGGCGGAUGCCGGUUCCGGCAGCCCCUGUGGGUGGGUAUUGGGGCGAGCACGGGGCGGAUGCCGGUUCCGGCAGCCCCUGUGGGUGGGUAUUGGGGCGAGCACGGGGCGGAUGCCGGUUCCGGCAGCCCCUGUGGGUGGGUAUUGGGGCGAGCACGGGGCGGAUGCCGGUUCCGGCAGCCCCUGUGGGUGGGUAUUGGGGCGAGCACGGGGCGGAUGCCGGUUCCGGCAGCCCCUGUGGGUGGGUAUUGGGGCGAGCACGGGGCGGAUGCCGGUUCCGGCAGCCCCUGUGGGUGGGUAUUGGGGCGAGCAGGGGGCGGAUGCCGGUUCCGGCAGCCCCUGUGGGUGGGUAUUGGGCCGAGCACGGGGCGGAUGCCGGUUCCGGCAGCCCCUGUGGGUGGAUUCCAGGUGCGGGGCUCAGAUGCUGCCAACCUGGCAGCGACCCGCCAAGCACAGGCCGACAUCUGGCGACACCAGUUCCCAAACGAAUCACCUUCAGCUGCCAAGUCAGCAGCUGCCACCUCAUCAGCUGCCACCUCAUCAGCUGCCACCUCAUCAGCUGCCACCUCAGCAGCUGCAGCAUCUUCAUUUCAGUCUGAAUCAAACCCAGUCGCCUCCACGUCAGCCUGCUCCGGGCGGCGGCUCUUCGUCGUGGAUUGGCCGAAGAGGAAGCACGGGAUUGGCUCUCAGCUAAGCAUCGUGAGCGCUUACUUAAGCCUUGCGCUGACUCACAACCGCACGCUCGUUCCCACGCCCGGCACUUACAUAAGAGCCAACCAUUCCGAGUGUCUAGAGGCUGGGAACUUAAACUCGUUUGACUGCUAUUUCUUCCCCUUGGUUGCUAAGAGCUGUGAGGAGCGAGUGAGGGAGGCGAUGGGGGGAGGAGUGGAGGCUGGAGGCGGCGUGGGGAGUAGGGUUCAAACUAUGGGAGAGGGAGAGGGGGAAGCAGCGGAAGGGAAAGUGGAUGGGGCGGAUGGGGAAAAAGGAAGAGAGUGGGAGGGGGCGUGCGCGGAUCACAGCAACGUGCGGGCCUUAUUGGGUUCGGAUCGUCCCAUCGUGAGGUUCUGUGGGAACUACCUGCACCUGAAAUACGAAGCUGGCGCUGCCAGGUUGUGGGGGUCGGCGUACCUGAGGCGGCGCAACAGCAUUGAAGUGAGGGGGCGCGUGAAGGCCUCGGUGCCGAGGCUGCAGCAGGUGCAUUGGUGGCGAGCACAGUCGCUUCGCUUCAUGCUGAGGUGGCCGUCGGCGUACCUGUGCCACGUCAGCAACAGGGUGCGGCAGCAGGCGUAUGGGCUCCACGUGGCAGUGCGGAUUGAGGAGUCAAGAGCGGCUCAAAAGAGGAUCCUUGACUCUCUCGGUGCUGCCGCUGCUGCUGUUGGUGAUAAUGACGAUAACAACGAGGCUGGGGGAAAAGAGGGUUAUGAUAAAGAGGGAGAAGAGGGGGAGGAGGAGGAGCAGGUGUACAGGCGAGUGGGCGGGGAGGUGUAUAUGCCACGGCCGGUGGUGAGCGUGCAUGUGAGGCAGGGGGACAAGGAAAAGGAGAUGCGUCUAAGCUCGUUCCGAGCGUACAUACUGCACGUGCAACGGCUGAGACUCAGGGUGCCGGACGUUCAUUAUGUGUGGCUCAGCACAGAGAUGCAGUCUCAGCCAUGCACACAGAUGCUCGAGUAUGAGAAGACAGGAGGGCGGGCGCAGCUGGUGGGGAUGAGCUUUCUAGCCGCCCCUCUGCUGUUCUCUUCUUACAUCAGUUCCCCCUCCUGCCCUAUCCUGAUGUUUUCCCUAUCUGUUGCCCUUCCCUCCACUCACACUCAUCCCUCCCUCCCUUGCUCCUCACAGUCAGUAAUUGACGAGUUAGACAGCUACAGCGAUUGGACUUUCAUGUACAGUAAGAACAAGCGCCAGCUCGGAUCAACCCAGAUGCUAGAAUAUGAGAGAGCAGCGGGGCUGGAGCAGCUGGUGGGGGUCAGCUUUGCGAAUCUGCUCAUCGCUUCCGAGUGUGAUUUCUUUGUUGGGCCGCUAGGAUCGAACUGGAACCGACUGAUUAACAAUUUGAGGGACACGAAUGGGCGGGUGCAUGCGGGGUACGUUGCUCUCAACACUGGCGAGUGGUGA